AUGACUCACGCCUUCUGGAUAGCCAUUAUUUUUUCCUGCUUUCUCUACUCUCAUGGAAUAGUCUUAAACUAUCAAAAUUGCGGAAUCAUCAGCCUUCGAGAAGACUUCAAAUGUAUUUUGAAACUGGUCAAUUUCAACGAUGAGCUUAGCAAAAUCAAUCAGAAGGUGUCGGCUAAAUACCUCCGAGGGUUAUGGAACUCUUGUGAGUAUCUCGAGACGUGUUAUUCAAACUUGGAAUGCAAGAAAAACGAUGUGGAUGUUCGGAGAAUUGCGAGGAACAUGAGAUCGUUCUGCUUCAAAUUGAACCAACUUCGAAACUUUUGA